AUGGUUGUCCCAAUUGGUAUUAAUGGUUUUGGUCGUAUCGGUCGUCUUGUAUUAAGAGCUUCAUUAGAAAACCCAGAAUGUAGAGUUUUAGCCAUCAAUGAACCAUUCAUGGAUGUCAAAUAUAUGGUAUAUAUGUUCAAAUAUGAUUCAACCCACGGUCGUUUCAAAGGUACCGUCGAAGAUAUUAAUGGUGAAUUUGUUGUAAAUGGUAACAAAAUCCACGUUUUCGCUGAAAAAGACCCAGCCAAUAUUAAAUGGUCUUCUGUUGGUGCUGAAUACAUUGUAGAAUCAACUGGUCUCUUUUUAUCAACUGAAAAGGCUGGUGUUCACUUAAAAGGUGGUGCCAAAAAAGUUGUUAUCUCUGCUCCAUCAACUGAUGCCCCAAUGUACGUUAUGGGUGUCAAUGAAGAAACCUAUGAAUCAUCACACGACGUCAUUUCAAAUGCAUCAUGUACCACCAAUUGUUUAGCUCCAUUAGCUAAAAUUAUCCACGAAAACUUUGGUAUUGUUGAAGGUUUAAUGACCACCGUUCACGCCAUCACUGCCACCCAAAAGACUGUUGAUGGUCCAUCUGGUAAAGAUUGGAGAGCUGGUAGAUCUGCCCUUUCAAACAUUAUCCCAGCCUCAACUGGUGCCGCCAAAGCUGUCGGUAAAGUUUUACCAGCACUCAAUGGUAAAUUAACCGGUAUGUCAUUCCGUGUUCCAAAUUGUGAUGUUUCAGUCGUCGAUUUAACCGUCCGUCUUGAAAAGAAAGCCACCUAUGAAGAAAUCAAAAAGGUCAUGAAAGCUGCCUCUGAAUCUGACAAAUACAAGAGAUACAUUGGUUACACUGAAGAUGAAGUUGUCUCAACUGACUUUAUUGGUGAUACUCACUCUUCAAUUUUCGAUGCUCAUGCUGGUAUCGCCUUAAAUGAUAACUUUGUUAAAUUAGUCUCAUGGUAUGAUAAUGAAAUGGGUUAUUCAACUCGUGUUAUUGAUUUACUUGUUUAUAUCUCAAAAAAGAAUUAA